AUGGCUUCAAAGUCCAUCGAUCCUCCGUCCUACAGCCAGAUAGCCUGUGUUGGUGCCGGGCUAUCAGCCGUGGCUCUAGGAGCAACGCUGAAGAGAUGGUACGACCUUGAAGAUAUCUGUUUCUUCGAGCGACAUCCCACAAGUGGCGGGACAUGGUACAUCAACACAUAUCCUGGAUGCGCCUGCGAUGUCCCGAGCGCCCUGUACAGUUAUUCCUUCGCGCAAAACCCCAACUGGACGAAGCUUAUGCCCUCAAACACGGAAAUCAAAGAGUAUGUCGACAACGUGGUCGACACAUACAAUCUCCGUCGUAAGAUGACCUUCGGAACGGAAGUAGUCCGCAGUGUCUGGCGGGACGAUGCAAGUCGCUGGCUUCUCUACCUACGCGACCUGAACACCGGACGCGAAUACACCCACGAGUGCCAGAUCCUUUUUGCAGCAACAGGACAGCUCGUCGAACCGCGGCCGUGUGAGAUUCCUGGCGCGGAAGACUUCCACGGGAGUAUCUUCCACUCAGCGCGGUGGGAUCACAGCGUGGACCUCGAGGGGAAGAAUGUUGUUGUGAUUGGGAACGGCUGCACUGCUGCACAGAUUGUGCCGGCCCUGGCCAACGAUGCAAAGAUCAAGUCCCUGACGCAAAUUGUCCGGACAAAGCACUGGAUAUUUCCUGCCCCGAACUUCACCUACCCACGGGUGUUGCAAUGGAUCUUCCGCUAUGUUCCGUUUGCGAUGAGGCUGCACCGACUUCACAUUUUCUUGGUCGCUGAGAAUGAUUUUCGCUUGUUUCCGAUGACCAAAGGAGCAGCCAGGCUGCGAGAGAAGCGGCGAAAGCAGGUUGAGAAAUACAUGCGCGAGGCAGGCCCGGAGAAAUACCACGACCUCCUCAUUCCGGACUUUGAUGUAGGAUGCAAGAGGCGAAUAUUCGAUCCUGGCUACCUUGAAUCCCUACACAACGAUAAAGUCCUUCUAACUAACGCGAAAACUGAAGAGAUUACCACAGACGGCAUCAAGACAGAUAAAGGCUUCAUUCCAGCGGACGUAAUUAUUCUCGCGACAGGCUUCAAGACUAACAAAUUCAUCCCUUACAUGGAUGUAGUCGGACGCAACGGCGAGAACGUAUCACAACACUGGACCAAGUAUGACGGUCCAGCCGCGUACAACUGCUCUGUGCUGAGUGGCUUUCCAAAUUUCUUCAUGCUCCUCGGACCUAAUGCUGCUACCGGACAUACAUCGGCCAUGAUGGCUGCUGAAAACUCAAUUAACUACGCUCUCCGUGUUUUGAAGCCCGUUCUGAAUGGUGAUGCCGUGUCGGUUGAUCUGAAGCCUAAAGCUGAGCACGACUACGUUUACUGGGUGCAGAACGCAUUGAGUAAGCGUGUUUGGAAUGCGGGCUGUGUAUCGUGGUAUAUUAAUGAUAAGAAAUGGAACUCCAUGUCUUAUCCCUGGACACAAGGCCACUAUUGGUGGAGGAGUGUCUUUCCCACCUGGUCCGAUUGGAAUAUCAAAGUUCGUCCCCCUUCAACCAGUGGGCAUCAUGAUACUCACUGUCAACAGAAAGCUACGAAGCCGUCAUCACGUCAAUCAUGGAAAAUCAUGGUUCUUGCUCUUCUUUGCAUUGGUGUUUUGGGGUUCACCCAGUCCGCUGACGCUGCCAAUGUCCCCGCCACUCUCGAGCUUCUUAGAGGCCAGUUGGCCAGAGUACUAUCCUGUGUCCUGAGCAGAUAG